AUGGCCUCGCGCCUUUUCACUUCCUCGCCUCUCCUACAUUGCGCUCCCGCUGCCCCUUGGAUCGGGGCGUCGAUGGAGGGAGGAUUUGGCUCAAGACUAGGCUUUGCUCUACGCAAUACCAAGGUCGAAUGGUAUCCCAUCCCAGUCGGACUCGGAAUUGGUUUGCUAGGGUUGCUGUCUUUCUACAAGUCACAACGCGCGGAACGGAAUCGGCUGGCUCGCGAUGCAGCCGGCGAUGAAUGGGAGGAUGGAAAACGGCCACCUCGUCGUCCGAGGAUCAGUCUGUCAGGCCCAUGGCAUAUUCAGAUCAUGUCCACUCUACCCCUGAAGGCCAUGUCACGUCUGUGGGGCCAGUUCAACGAAAUCGAACUUCCUUACUACCUCCGCGUUCCUGGAUUCAAACUCUAUUCCUGGGCCUUUGGCGUCAACCUUGAGGAGGUUGCUGAACCCGACCUGCACACGUACCCGAACUUGGCCGCAUUCUUCUACCGUAAACUGAAGCCUGGAGUUCGACCAUUGGAUCCCGAUCCUCGUGCUCUUCUCGCUCCCUCCGACGGCCGAAUCUUACAAUUUGGAACGAUCGAGCGGGGCGAGGUUGAGCAAGUCAAGGGAAUGACAUACAGUCUGGACGCUCUUCUAGGAUCAGCCACGCCUGCGAACGCCGACCACUCCAACCGACUCAGGGACAAUGACGGGAAGGAAACCAAGGAUGCCGAGACCUUGGAUGCGCAUGAAGAGUUUGCGCGCGUGAACGGUAUUUCCUACACUCUCCCGAGCCUUCUUUCGGGCGACGGUGCUCCCAAACGACGUGCUUCAUUGGAUGCUUCAACUGCAUCCAAACUAGCUUCGGAAAUCCAAGUACAAGAGGACCUGGCUCGUGGUGAUGGAACACCAUGGUACGCGCCCAAGACAGCAGCCAACCAUGCCUUGUUUUACGUUGUGAUCUACCUAGCACCCGGUGACUACCACCGCUUCCACUCCCCUGCUCCCUGGGUCGUCGAGAGCCGCCGCCACUUUGCCGGCGAGUUAUACUCAGUUUCACCAUAUCUGCAGAGACAUUUACCCGGACUCUUCACUCUCAACGAGCGAGUUGCACUUCUCGGCCGAUGGCGGUGGGGUUUCUUCAGUUACACACCGGUCGGAGCUACCAACGUAGGCUCCAUUAAAAUCAACUUUGACUCGGAGCUGCGCACGAACAGCCUGUUGACCGAUACCGCUGCGGACCUGGCUGCCGCCUUGGCUGCCAAACGUGGUGAGCAGUAUCCCGGCUUUGUUGAGGCGACUUACCACCACGCCAGCCGAACACUUGAUGGACAUCCACUGCAGCGUGGCGAGGAGAUGGGCGGGUUCCAGCUUGGCAGUUCGAUCGUACUUGUGUUUGAAGCUCCGCUUGGAACUCGCAAGUCCAUUGAUGCCGGCUGGCCGGAUGAUGCUCCCAGUGAUGGGUGGACUUGGAAUAUUGAGAAGGGCCAGCGCAUCAAGAUAGGCGAAAAAUUGGGCUUUGUCAAUGAGGCGUAA